AUGUCAAAUUCAACAUCAUUUCAACAAAAUCCACCCGAAAUAUUUAAUUCUUCAAUAUCUGGAAGUAGUAAUAAUAGUGGAGAAUUAUCACAACAAAGAAAUGAAAUAUUGGCUCUUAGAGAAUUUAAUGAUCAAAUACUUCGCGCAAAACAAAGAGGAUUACCAAAAGAUGUAGAACGACAUUUUGAGGAAAUGAAAAGAAGUGGUGUAAGACCAACUACUUUUACAUAUAAUUUAAUUCUUGAUACAAUUUCUGCAUUUCGAAAUGAUACAAAUAGAUUAGAUAGAUUAAUUCAAUAUUUUGAAGAAAUGAAUAAAUAUAAUAUACCACCAAAUUUAUCAACCUUCACUAUUAUGAUUAAAGCUUUAUGUAAAAGAGAAAUUGAAGUUCAAUCAAAAGUAUAUCGAUUGAAAAAAAGAUUAAAUACUGGAAAUGAAUCACGAGAUCUAAAUACACAAAAAACCAUUGAUAAUCUUAAAGAUGAGAAAUGUAUUGAAUAUGCUUAUAAACUUUUUGUACAAACAAAUGAAAGACCAGGUUAUUAUUAUGAAAGUGAUUUAUGUGAUAACAUAUUACGUUGUCUUAGUUCACAUGGAAAAAUAGAAGAAGGUUUAACAGUAUUUGAAUAUAUGGAAAGACGAGCGAUUGUAACUGGAUUAACAUUUGGAUAUUUAAUAUCAAUGUAUAGUUACGCGGGUGAUAUAACCAGUGCAUUAGAAUGUUUUGAAGAAUUUAAAAGGAUUUCACCAAAUUUACCACAAAAAUUUGAACCGAUGGCCAUAUAUAAUCAAUUAAUGUCAGCAUAUAUUAGAUGUAAUAAAAUACCAGAAUCUAUUAAUGUAUUAGAAAAUAUUUGGAAAGAAACAGGAAAUAAACCAGAUGAAUGGACUUAUCAUUAUUUAAUUAGAGAUUUAUGUGAUUAUGGUCAUACAAAGGAAGCACAAAUUUGGUUUGAAAAGAUGAAAUCAUCUGAUGAAUUACCAAAACCAUUUCUUUUAAUAUAUGAUACAUUAUUAUUACAUUAUUGUGCAAUUGAUGAUUAUAAAAAUGCCACAAAUAUUUAUAAUGAAAUGAUAGAAUCAAAUAUGACUCCUAAAUAUACUGAAAUGGCAGGUUAUUUAACUUUAACUUUAAAACAUGAUCCUGAAGGAUUAUUAAAUCUUUUAGAUGAUAUGUUUAAAUAUAAUCAAGUUACGGAUAAUGGAUUAACUAAAGAAAUUAUUAAUCAAUUUGUUGGAGCAAAAAAACCGGCACUUGCACUUUCGGCUAUUAUUAAAAUUAUCGCACUUACAGAAAGUCUUGUUAGUAGUCCUUCUAAUCGAUUAAGUGCUCCACCACCAAAUCAUGAAGAAAUGUUAUUAUCAUUAUUUAAUCAUCAAGAUCUUUCUCUUAAAGAUGCUGUAGAAGCCAAAUUUAAAUUAUUUGAAAAUGGAUUUCGACCAAUGGGAAAUAUUAGUAAUGUAAUACAUGAACGAUAUAUAAUGUUUAAACAAAGAGAUCAACUUCCUUCACAAUUAUCUAUACUCGAAAAUCAACAUAUUUAUGCUCUCUUUGAUAAUAUUAUAUCAAUAUGGCAUUAUAGUGAUCCUCAAGAUAAAACUAUUUUAUUUAAAAAAAGAAUAUUUGAAUUAUUAAAUGAUUUAAAAAAGAAUGGAAUUCUUUUACCAUACAAAAUUUUCACAAAAAUUGCUCAAAUGUGUAAAACUCAUACUAUUGAUUCUGUAGCAUUAAUGAAAGAAAUUCAUUUAAUGCUUGAAUCAGAUUUAUUACCUACACCUGAACUUGUGAGUCAAGCGAUAAGAAAUUUAGGGAAAGGUAAAAUGCUUAAAGAAGCUGAAGAAUUAUAUAAUCUUGCACUUGAUUUCUUUCAAAAAUUAGAUCCAUCAGUUGGAAAUAACGCUAUACAAUGGGCACGUAAUAGUAUGUUAAUUUCAUAUGCAAGUAAUAACCAAUUGGAUAAAGCAUAUCAAAUAUAUGAUGAUUUAUUUGCUAGUGGAUAUAAACCUGAUGCUAAUGCUUAUGCGGAUUUAUUGGUAGCUGAAGGAGAUAGAGAUCCUGAUGAAGCAGCCACCGCAUUAAAAUUAUAUAGUGAAAUAAAACAAUAUAAUAUUAAACCAACAUUAUAUUUUUAUAAUGUUUUAAUAAGUAAACUUGGGAAAGCACGAAAGUAUGAUUUGGUAUGGGAAGCAUUUAAAGAAAUGAAAGGACGUAGAAUUCAACCUAAUUCUAUUACUUAUGGAGCAUUAAUUACGGCAUGUACUCGAGUGAAAUCAGAAGAACGAGCGCUUAUGGUAUUACAAGAAAUGGAAAAUUCUAGAUUCUUUCAACCACGUAUUGGACCUUAUAAUACCAUGAUGCAAUUUUACUCCUGGGAAUUACGUGAUAGAGAAAAGGCACUUAAAUAUUUUGGAGAAAUUAAACGACAUCAAUUACAACCUUCAGAUCAUACCUAUAAAUUAUUAAUUGAUACGUAUGCUAUAAUUGAACCAUAUGAUUUACCAUUAGCACUUAAUGUUCUUGAACAAAUGAGACAAGAAGGUUUAACACCACAACCAACUCAUUACGCUUCAUUAAUUUAUGCAUAUGGAUGUUGUCAAAGAGAUGUUCAAAAUGCACUUAAAAUAUUUAAUGAUAUGCGAUCAGUUCAUAACAUUCGACCUGAUCAAAAUGCAUAUCAAGCAUUAUUUGAUGCUUUAAUUGCUAAUAAUCGUAUUGGAGAAGCUGAAGAAUAUUAUGAUGUUAUGUUAAUGCAAGAUGACAUUAAAUCAACUCCUUAUAUUGAAAAUUUAUUUAUUAGAGGAUACGGACAAUUAGGUCAAUGGGAAGGAGCAGAAACAGUAUUUAAUAAUAUGGUAGAUCUGGGUGACACUAAAGAUAGAAAUGCUGUAGCCAGGGAACCCAGUACUUAUGAAGAAAUGGUAAAAGCAUAUGUGAUUAGUGGUCAAAUAGAGAAGGCAAGAGAAGUUGCGAGCAUAUUAGAAUUAAAAGAUUUUCCGGAAAUUGUAAAAAAUAAUAUUGCAGAUUUGUUACAUUAA